UCUGUAGGUUUAUUAUUACUUGAAAAAGAAAGCCUAUGAGCCGUGUGAAAUCAAACCAUGCCACCUCUCUCUCUUGGAUAACUCCAAACCCAACUAACCUUUCCCAUGAUUCCUAAUUUUCAAAUGAUUUCUACCCUGAAAGGCAAACCCACUCUUUCUCUCUCUUCCGACUAAAGAACCCUCUGUCAAGAUAUAAAUCUGUACCCUGAGGCUUUUAUUUUCAAUUCAGCAACAAAAAAAAAAAAAAAAAAUCCAUUUCUUGUCAAACUAUUACUUUACCUUUUCCUGUCUUCAUCUUCCUUUCCCUAUUGAGCCUCUCAGUUCUUGUAAUUACUCUUAGUUUUGAAUAUGAGAACUCUUCAUGACACUGUAAAUGGCCUUAAACUCAUAGAUUGUUUCCUCAGAUUGUUUGUGGUUCCUCUGAGUAUUGCAUCAAUAUGGUUAACUGUGACCGAUCAGCAAGAUAACAGCAGCUAUGGGAAGGUAGAGUUCAGCAAUCUCUUGGGACUCAAGUACAUGGUUUGUAUCAGUGCUAUUUCUGGUGGGUAUGCCCUCGCUGCUGCUGCGUCUUCAUGGAUCAAAGUCUUAGCAACUAAAGCAUGGCUGUUCUUUGUUUCUGACCAGGUUGUAGCAUAUUUAAUGGUCACAUCAGGGGCUGCAGUGGCAGAGAUUCAAUACUUGGCCUACAAUGGUGAUCAAGAGGUUACAUGGAGUGAAGCCUGCAGUUCUUAUGGGAAGUUUUGCAGCAGAUUGAACAUAGUUUUGGCUCUUCAUGCCAUAGCCCUUUGUUGUUUCCUUGUAUUGGCUGUGAUCUCAGCUUAUAGGGUCUUCAGCAGGUUUGAGCCUCCUUUUGUUCCUUCUAAGGAAGGUGAAGAACAAAGGACUUAGUUAUUAUUGUUAUAAUCAUCUUUUCUCUUAGUUAUGGAGUGAUAUGUAGUAAUUUCUCUCUUAUUUCGAUGUAUUAUGAAUGCAUUUGCAUCUAUUUUAUAUUAUUAUAUCCAUC